AUGUGCGUACGUUCCAGGUGGCCAAAAGCCGAAGCGGCGGUUCUAAGACGGGCGACCACCAAAGCCGCGCACAUGUCCCGCAACGUGCAGACCCGCGGUGGGCGCCGACAAAAACCCUCAGAUCCGUUCGGACCACCGCAGUCGGACUGCGCCGUCAACGUCGACCAUUCCGGAAUGCGCAUGACAGAUAGAAUUAAAGCUGACUGCGUCUCUUCUGACUAUCUCCACGUGAUCAGCGCCAACGGGGCGGGCUCCUCGUUCGGCGGGGGACUUCCCCAGCUGGAGCUACCCGAUGAGAAGCAGCGCCUCCGAAGAAGUCGACGAGGCCUGCCGAGGCGACAGAGGCACCAGAGUGGGCAGAGCGCCAGUGACGUCACCAAGGGCGCCACGGCUUCUCUUCGGGGGGCUGUCGCCGCGUUAUCAGCGCCAACGGGACGGGCUCGCUCGGCGGGGGAAUUUCCCAGCCGGAGCUCGCCGGCGUGGCACAGCGCGCCUCCGAAGAGGUCGACGAGGCCUCCCGAGACACCAGAGUGGGCACAGCGCCGG